AUGAACACCUUGUCUGGUGGUUUUGGUAGCUCAAGGGUGUUGUAUGGUGGUGAAGGAGGUGGAGGGUUAUUUGAGCUCCUAGAAACAAAGGUGAAGGCUUCUAAGUUUGAGAAGAUCUUCACCAGUUUUUAUGCUGAUUGGUCGGUUGUUGCAAAUUAUGGGAAAGGUGAGCAUGGCAGAAUAUGGAUUAUUUGGGAACCUGAGAUUUUCAGUGUGGAUGUGAUCAAAGUUGAAAUGCAGGUGAUACAUGUUAAAGUGGUGCAUGUUGCUUCUAGGGGCUGUUUUUUCUGUUCAAUGGCGUAUGGUGUUAACCGCCAGGAAGAUAGGGAAGUUUUAUGGAAGCAAUUAGAGCAGUUUGGGAAAUUGAAAGCUUUAGGAACUGCAUUAGACACACUAACCUUUUUGAAGCUAGAACAGAUAAGCUCUUCUUUACCUAGAAUAACAAGCAAUUUAGGGAUGGCAGGGUUUGUUCUAGGAUUGAUAGUGUUCUGGAGUGCAGCUUGGAUGGACAACUUUCAGAUUGCUAGUGCAAUGUUUUUGCCUGAGGGCCUUAUGGAUCAUAGUCCAUGUGUGAUUAAUUUUCUGGGUAAUAUAGGUUCAACCAAGAAGCCUUUUAAGUUCUUCAAUGUAUGUACUGAAUACCCUAGAUUCUUAAAGUUGGUUGCUGAUAGUUGGGAUGGUCAGAUUCAAGGUACCCUUAUGUUUAAUGCAGUCAAGAAACUUCAAAGGGUUAAAGAAGCCUUGAGGGUGUUGAAUAAACAACAUUUCUCUUCAGUGAUAAGUGAUGAUACUAGCAUGGAGGCUGAUCUGAUUCAGGUGCAGACUAAACUGAAUUCUGAUCUUGUGCCUGAGAAAAUUGCUGAGGCUUCUAUUGGGUUUUAUAAGCGGCUUCUGGGUUCUUCUCAGAAUAUGGAAAGGAAAGUGCAUCAUGAUGUCCUGGACAUGGGUCCUGUAUUGAAUGAGGAACAGGGAAGGAAUAUGUGCAGACCUUUUAAUGCUGAUGAUAUAGUUGGUAAUGACAUCACUGCAGCUAUGUUGGACUUCUUUCAACAUGGCAAGCUGCUUAACCAGGUGAACACAACUAUGCUCACUAUGGUCCCUAAGGUAGAAAAUGCUUCUAAGGAUGUUUUAAAGGGCUAUAGAGAUAAACAAAAGUCUCCUAGGUGUACCAUAAAGGUAGAUCUCAGGAAGGCCUAUGACUCCAUAAGUUGGGAUUUUAUUCAUGAUAUGUUGUCUGCUUUGAGGUUCCCUGCUGAGUUUAUCAAGUGGAUUAUGCAAUGUAUCUCAUCCGCUUCCUUCUCUAUAAUGAUAAAUGGGGGAUUGAAUGGCUUCUUUAAGGGAAAGAAAGGCAUUAGACAGGGUGACCCCAUGUCCCCUCUUCUUUUUGUAAUUGUCAUGGAGUAUCUUUCAAAGAUUUUAAGGAAAGUGGGAGGCAUGAGGAGUUUCAAGUUCCAUUCUAGGUGCAAGAUGCUCAAUCUGAACCAUCUUGCCGUUGCUGAUGAUCUGAUGAUGUUCUGCUAUGGAGAUAAGAAGUAUGUUUCUCUCUUAGUAAGGGCUUUGGAUAUCUUUGGGAAAUGUUCUGGUUUACAGGAUAUCUUGAGGGUGUUUGGGUUUGUUGAGGGCUGCACUCCUUUCAAGUACCUUGGUAUCCCUCUAAAUGUUAGAAGCCUUUCAAACAGUGACUAUGACAGUUUGAUUGACAAGAUGCUGGCCAGGAUAACCUGUUGGUCAGUGCUGAGGAAGUCUCCUCCCAUUUCGUGGGACUGGAUCUGCAAGACAAAGAAAGCUGGAGGUCUGAGCAUGAGGGAUUGUGAGACAUGGAAUAUAGCAGCUCUUGGGAAAUAUAUAUGGAAGAUAGCUCAAAAAGAGGACUCACUAUGGGUGAAAUGGGUUCAUGUAGUGUAUAUCAAGGAUAGUGAUUCGUGGGAUUAUAAGCCUAAGAAGAAUGCAGGGUGGGUAUGGAAGAAACUUUGCAAGGUUAAAGAAAGGUUGAAAGAGGGUUUUCAGAAUGAAGGCUAG